AUGUAUCCUCUCCACAGAGCUCCAACUAACAGCAGUACAGUAGUCCACCUCCUGCCCCUGCCAGUGCACUCCAGGGGAGAUGGGGUGCGUGUACGCUGGUCCCAGGAGGCCCCCCAGGGACCCGAAGGCUACGAGUCGUGCUGGGGCCUGGACAACGUACUCCUGGUCAACGCUGCUUACAGACCCCCCCUACUGGAGGAUAAUCUGGACCCCCCAGACACAGCCAACUGGCUCUUCUUCCCUGGGGCUACCGUCAAGCGUGCCUGUCAGUCAGAGGGCAACACCCUGUAUUUCCAUGGCAACAUCGAGGAUGGGGUGGGCCACACCUUCGCCUCCACCAGAGACAUUGACCUCCACCGAGAGGAGGGUCGGAGCUACUGGGAGGAGGACUUUGAGAGUCUGCCCACCAACUGGGACAUCGAGGGGGCUGUGUAUGGGACCCAUUGUGGGGAGAUAGAGUCAGGCAUGGCCCUGGUGUUUGAGAGGGACGGAGAGAGGAAGAUGUGUACUCCCUACCUGGAUACCACCUCCUUCGGAAACCUUCGGUUCUACUUCACCAUGGGUGGUGGGGAGUGUGACCCAGGAGAGUCCCAUGAGAAUGAUGUCAUCUUGUUUGGGAGGUCAGAGGGGAGACGAGACCUUGUGCUGUUGGAUACCCUGCCGUACUCCUCUUAUAGGACUCCGUCAGUAGUGUCAGUAGCCCUGCCCACAGACCUCCAGACCCCCAUCACCCAGUUCUGCCUGGAGCAGCGGUUACAUGGCGGUGCCAACCGUCACGUCUGGGCAGUAGACUUCAUGCAGCUGCUGCCUGUCCUUCCUGGCACACAUACCCAUGUAGCACAGUUCUCCAUCAAUCUGGGCUGUGGGUCCUACCAGCCUUCCAACAGUGUCAAUCUGGAGUUUUCCACCAAUCACGGUCGUUCCUGGUCGCUGCUCCACACGGAGUGUCUUCCAGAUUUGUGUGCUGGCCCCCACCUACCACACAGCACCAUCUACUCCUCAGACAACUACAGCGGCUGGACUAGGAUCUCCAUCCCACUGCCCAACGCUGCCUUGACUGAGACCACACAGUUCCGCUGGAGACAGAGUGGCAUGGGUGCUGGCAACAUGUGGGCCAUAGACAAUGUGUACAUUGGUCCGUCCUGCCUACGUUUCUGCUCUGGAAGAGGACACUGCUCCCGCACCGGCUGCAAGUGUGACCCAGGGUUCAGUGGUCCAGCGUGUGAGCUGGCAUCCCAGACAUUCUCUGCCUUCCUGUCUGAGGGCUUCUCCUCCCCCAGACUCUCCUCCUACCACAGUUUCUCCUCCCUGAGGGGAGCGGAGGUGAGUUUCGGCUGUGGGGUUCUGGCCAGUGGCAAGGCUUUGGUCUUCAACAGGGACAGCAGACGACACCUGGUGACCACACCGCUCGACAGCUCUCAGGCCAGGUACCUCCAGUUCACUUUGCGUCUGGGAAGUCGUAGCAUCCUGAGCUCCUGUCCUGCCCCUGACCAACCAGGAGAAGGUGUGUUGCUGCACUUCUCCUCAGACAAUGGCAUUACCUGGACCCUGCUGCAACACUACGCAUAUAAGGGCUUCCACGAACCCAGGAUUGUAUCAGUGGAGCUCCCCCCCGGUGCCCGUAAGUUUGGGGUGCAGUUCCGUUGGUGGCAGCCGUACCACUCUGGGCGUGGGCAUGACGUUUGGGCAGUGGAUGAGAUCACUAUGACCUCUGUGCUGUUCAACACCAUAAGUCUGGACUUCAGUAAUGUACUUGACGUCACUCAGAGUCUGGGCUUCUACCUGGGGCACGUUCAGCCCUACUGCCAGCACGACUGGACACUCAGUUUCUCAGGCGAGCCCAGCCCAGGCUCCAGUAUCCGUUAUGUGGAGACCCAGUCCAUGCAGAUUGGAGCCUCCUACACACUGCAGUUCUCGUUGGUCAUGGGCUGCGGCCGAGACCCCUCCCCCCACAUCGACACACAGGUCCGCCUGGAGUUCUCCACCAAUCAUGGCCUGACCUGGCACCUGGUCAAAGAGGCCUGCCUACCAGGGAUGCCCAGCUGUUCAGAGUUCACUGCUCCCAGUGUGUACCAUCCCUCUGAGUUCACUGACUGGAGACGCAUCACUCUGCCCCUGCCUCAUAGAGCAUGGUCCAGUGCCACGCGGUUCCGUUGGAUCCAGAACUACUAUGGAGAGCAGGAUGAAUGGGCUCUGGAUGACAUCUACAUCGGACAGCAGUGCCUUCAGAUGUGCCACGGACACGGAUGGUGCGACCACGGACACUGCAGGUGUGAUGAAGGUUUCUCAGGUCCAGACUGCCAGGCAUCCUCUCCUCUUUCUUCCAGCAUCCUGUCAGACUUUGAGUCCCAGGAUGGUCUGCUGGCCGUGUGGCAGGAGGUGAUUGGUGGAGAGGUGGUAACACCUGACAUGGGCUGUGGGGUGGUCUCCUCUGGGUCCUCGCUCUACUUCAGCAAGGCCGGAUUGAGGCAGCUGGUGAGCUAUGACCUGGACACAGAGUGGGCGGAGUUUGUCCAGUUUUACCUGCGUGUGGGCGGAGACUGGGUACAAUGUAACAUGGCAGACAGCAGGGAGGAAGGAGUGCUGCUGCAGUACAGUAAUGACGGAGGAAUCAGCUGGGGACUCAUCGCUGAGAUGUACUUCACCGACUUCACCAAGCCACGGUUUGUCCACUAUGAGUUGCCACAGGCCUCUAAGACCCCGUGUACCCGGUUCAGAUGGUGGCAGCCCCUUCACUCUGGGGACGGCUACGACCAGUGGGCCAUCGAUGAUGUCAUCAUCUUGUCAGAGAGAGAGAAACACAUCAUCCCCAUGGCCAACCCCACUAUGCCACAGAACUUCUAUGAGAAGCCGGCGUUUGACUACCCUCUGAACCAGAUGAGUGUGUGGCUCAUGCUGGGCAAUGAGGGUAUGGAAAAGGAGAGGAACAGCAGCUUCUGUGCUCCCACCCCCUCUGCUAUGGUGUUCGGGCGAUCUGACGGAGACAGGGUGGCAGUGACCAGAGACCUGGUGCUAAGACCAGGGUACACACUGCAGUUUAAGUUGAACAUCGGUUGCGAGUCUCAGUUCAGUGCAUCGGCCUCAGUCCUGCUGCAGUACUCCCAUGAUGCUGGCCGUACCUGGGCGCUGGUGAAGGAGGGCUGUUACCUAGGAUCCUCUGGGGCGGGCGGCUGUGAGGGCAGUGUGCGGGAGCUCAGGGAACCCACUGUCUAUGCCACGGGAGACUACGAAAGCUGGACCAGGGUUACCAUUGUCAUUCCGCGUAACGUGGCCGCCAGGUGUAUUACUGAAGAUUCUGUCACUGAGGAGGACUUUCUGGUCGCCGUAGGAGAGAKGGAGGGCACAGAGGAGCUCCUCCGGGAAGCGAUGGAGGUGUCUCGCCUGCUUUCCCUGCUCCAGAGGGAUGUGGUUACCUCCCAGUGCCAUCUCUGGCUGGUCCAAUCCCGUCUGCCAUCUGCUCUCCAGAGCACAUUUGCCACUCCCCCCAUCACCCCAGGGCUGACGUUUGGCCCAGGGGUUGAUGACAUUCUGGAGCAGACCGAUAAAGUUCGUAGGGACCGUGAGACCCUGAGACGGUUCAUGCCGCCUCCUCAGGCCCCCGGUCCAAGGCAGAUGGACCGUCACCACCCACCUGCACCCGAGCAACGGGGCCUUCGUGUCACCACGGUGGCCAACCCCCUGAAGAAGAAAACCCUGCGGCUGGAGAUCCUGGGGCAGGCCAUGUCCAGGUUUGUGAUGCUGGACCUGAGGGAUGCGAGCUCCAUCUCUGGGCUUGUACCUGGCAUCCUGAAUGUGACAGCGGAUAUGCUCUCGAGGGAGGGCCCGCGACCUUGGGACUGGAGCCUACAUCCCCAGGUGGUGCAGCACCUGUGGGACAAGUUCGGGAGGGCGGAGGUGGACCUGUUUCCUCCCUGGACAAUGAACACUGCCCCCUGUGUGGUGGGGGAGUCUGGAUCUCCCUCCGGCAUGCUGUGCCCUGUGCGGGCACUGGCUGCCUAUGUGGAGCAGAUAUGGUACUAUCGGGUAAAUGUGGUACUUCCCUCUGCCAUUGGUUCAGCAGUCCUGGGCAUCGCCUCCCUUUCCGGGGACUGUGCCGACUUUGCCGGGACCCCCUUCCAACAUUGGCCCCUGCGUCUCGGUCCCGCGCUGGGACUUCGUCGCUGGCUGGCCAGGUCCCUGRAGCACCGACUAAAUCUGAUACGGGCAGUGGAGGAGGUGCCCGGUACGAGUGAUGGGAUGCAAGUGGAGAGUGUUGAGAGGGAUGUGGUGGAGGGGAGUCAGGGGUUUGUGGCCCCUGUUGAGGAGGAUAUGGAUAUGGACAUUUUUGAUAUUCCUAUUGAUAUGAUAGCUGCUGGCAACGACUCAAUUUACAAUCUAGAUGAGGUAAAUGGGUUCCUGGACCAGACUUUUGGGAAAUCUGGAGUGAUAGUCCAGUUCUCUCACCACAACGGGGUUCAAGUGGCAGUUUCUCUACGGCUUGUCCAGUUCUACAUCCGUAUUGGAGGGAAGAAUGUUGGACCCACCUGCACCAGACCUCGCUCCCGCAACGAAGGAGUGAUAGUCCAGUUCUCCACCAACAACGGGGUUCAGUGGCAGUUCCUACGUGAGCUGGACUUUGGUUCCUUCCUGGAUUCCCAGGUGGUCACCAUCGAGCUGCCUCCACCCGCCAAGACUCCCUACACUGUGUUCCGCUGGUGGCAGCCACAGCAGGGUAAACACUCAGCCCAGUGGGCUCUGGAUGAUGUUCUGAUCGGUAUAAAUGACAGCUCCAGGACUGGCUUCCAUGAUAAGUUUGACGGGACGUCUCCUCUGAGACACAACUGGUACCGUGUCCAGGGGGGAGAGGUCACAGUGGACUGUUUGUCUCUGGACACAGCUCUGUCCUUCAGCAGCGACACCACUGACAAGAAGCCGCGGUAUGCAGAGAGCUGGGACUUUGAGGUGUCCGGCUCCUCCUUCCUGCAGUUUGAACUGUCUAUGGGCUGCAGCAAGGUUGCCACCUCAUCCCACGGUGUCAGGCUGGAGUACUCCACGGACUGUGGGCGCCACUGGGCCCUGCUUACCCCAGAGUGUGUUCCACCUGCCAUCGGCUGUGCCGGCUACACCAUGAGCUCAGUCUACACCGCUACACAGUACAACCGCUGGAGGAGGGUUACGGUGUACCUGCCCAGCGCUGCCAAUUCUCCCAGGACUCGGUUCAGGUGGAUCCAGCCCCACUUCAUCCCUGGGGCGGACGGUUGGGCCUUGGACAACGUGCUGCUGGCCCCUGGCUGCCCCUGGAUGUGCUCUGGACACGGACUCUGUGACAACGGAUGCUGUUUGUGUGACCGGGGUUAUGGUGGGGCCCACUGCGUGCCCUUGGCCCCCCUCCCCUCCAUUCUGAGAGACGACUUCAACGAGAACCUGGCGGCGGAGCAGUGGCCUGAGGUGUACGGGGCUGAGAGGGGGACUCUCAGUGGGGAGCCCCUCAAAUCUGGCACCGCACUAAUCUUCAAAGGGGAAGGUCUGCGUAUGUUGGUGUCAAGGGACAUGGACUGCACCAGCACUCUCUACAUCCAGUUCUCCUUCAAGUUCAUCACUAAGGGUGUCCCAGAGCGCCCCCACUCGGUGCUACUACAGUACACUGUGAACGGGGGGAUCAGUUGGCUGUUGUUAGAUGAGUUUUACUUCCCUACUUCCACCGAUACGCUGUUCAUCCACCUUCCUCUGCCCACCAGUGCCCAGACCAACGCUACCCGCUUCAGGCUCUGGCAGCCCUACAACAGCGGUAAAAAAGAGGAGGUGUGGGUGAUUGAUGACCUGAUCAUCGAUGGCAGCUCGCUCAACAACCCUCCUGUAGUCUCUGACAGCUUCGAGGGCGGACCCCAGGAUUACAACUGGCUCUUCUACCCAGGAGGCAACACUGGACUCUACUGCCCCUACCAGAAGAGUGGCCUGGAGGACGAUGAGUCUGCCAUGGUGUUUGUCUCCAGCGAGUUGGGAGAACAUUCCAUUACCACCAGAGACAUUGAUGUCAAUGAAAACACCAUCAUACAGUUUGAGAUCAACGUGGGCUGCACGGCAGAUUCUUCCUCCUCUAACCCAGUGAGACUGGAGUUCUCCAGGGACUUUGGGGCUACAUGGCAUCUCCUGGUGCCCCUGUGUUCGGGGGGCCCUCAGCCCUCAUCCCUAUGCUCCACAGAGCUGCACCCCGCCAGCGUCUACUACCCCGGGACAACACAGGGCUGGAGGAGGGAGGUCAUCCACUUCGGCAAGCUCAGACUCUGCGGAUCCAUCCGGUUCCGUUGGUACCAGGGCUUCUACUCCAGCGGUUCAUCCCCCCCUACCUGGGCUUUGGACAGUGUGUACAUUGGCCCCCAGUGCCAGGACAUGUGUAACGGACACGGGUCAUGUGUGAGGGGUACACACUGUGUGUGUGACUCGGGAUACUCAGGACCAGACUGCUCCCAACCUGACACAUCCAACCCUGACUUCCUCAAGGAAGACUUUGAAGGAGGGGCGGUGGAUGCUGACCGGUUUAGGCUGCUGAGUGGAGGGAAACCUAGCAGGAAAUGUGGCAUCAUGUCCAGUGGGAACCACCUGUUCUUCAGCGAGGACGGCCUUCGCAUGCUGGUCACCAACGACAUGGACCUUUCCAACGCAAGAUUUAUUCAGUUCUUCCUGCGUCUGGGCUGUGGUAAGGCCUCCCCAGACCCCCGCUCCCAGCCUGUCCUGCUCCAGUUCUCUGUAGACGGGGCUCUGACCUGGGGCCUGCUGCAGGACUUCUUCUUCUCCAACAGCAGUAACCAGGCUCGCCUUGUGGCCCUGGAGAUCCCUCUGCGUGCCCGUACCUCCUCCACGCGCCUACGCUGGUGGCAGCCCUCUGAGAAUGGACACUUCUAUAGUCCAUGGGUUAUUGACCAGGUGGUGGUGGGUGGCAGUGCCAGUGGCUGGGGUCCUUUAGAAGACGACUUCUCCUCUAUGGACGGGCGUUCCUGGCUGCUCCACCCCGGGGGUACCCGCAUGCCCGUGUGUGGUUCUGACGGGGCAGCCUUCGCUUUCAUAGAGAAGUCCAACACGCGCUACGCUGUCACCACAGACAUCAGCCUGGGACAGGAUGCUUUCAUACAGUUUGAUUUCUCAGCUUCAUGCUCUGUCACAAACUCCUGCUACGCCAUUGAGCUUGAGUAUUCUCUGGACCUGGGUCUGCACUGGCAGCCUCUGGUGCGUGACUGUCUCCCCACCAGUCAAGACUGCUCCUCCUACACCCUACAGAGACUGCUGGUGGCAGACAUAUACAACAAGUGGGGCCGAGUCACUCUGCCCAUUCCCACCUACGCCAGGUCUCCAGCUACGCGGUUCCGUUGGUUCCAGCAGGCUCCAUUUGACAAGCAGCAGACCUGGGCUCUGGACAACCUCUACAUCGGAGACGGCUGCUCCGACAUGUGCUCCGGACAUGGACGCUGCCAGCAGAGCUCCUGUGUGUGUGACCAAGAGUGGGAAGGCGAGUACUGUGAUGAGCCUGUGGCCCCCCUGCCCUCCCAGCUGAAGGACAGUUUCAGCCGGGCCCCCUCUCUUAGCCACUGGCACCUGGUAACCGGGGGAAAGCUCAGCACUGUGUGUGGGGCCGUGGCAUCUGGGGCUGCACUGCACUUCAGCGGGAGUUGUAGUCGUCAGCUGGUGACGGUGGAUCUGAACCUGACCAACGCAGAGUUCAUCCAGUUCUACUUUAUGUAUGGCUGCAUGACCCCGCCGAGCAACCGUAACCAGUGUGUACUACUGGAGUUCAGUCUGAAUGGUGGAAUCAACUGGAUCCUGUUGACAGAGAUCUUUUACGACCUGUACAGAAAGCCUGGAUUCGUCAAUGUACUGCUGCCCCAUGCGGCCCGUCAGGAGGGUGUGCGUGUGCGCUGGUGGCAACCGACCCACGAGGGGUCCGACCACAGUGACUGGGCACUGGAUAACGUCCUAAUCGCUGGUUCCGACCCGCGGGCACAGAUCUCUGACACCUUCGGAGGGGUGGCGCUGCCUAACCACGAGAGAGCGCCCGCUGAUGGUACCCCCACGGGCAGGAUAGGCCUGUUGAAUGAGGGAGAGGAGGAGAGCACCUCAGGUAUAUACACAGGGGAUCUGGACGAGACCACAACAUACACCACCACAGUGAGUGAUCACUGGCUGUUCAGUGAGGACUGUGUGGUACAGAGAUUCUGUAGUUCUCCAGACGGUGUGAUGGUGUGUGGUAGUGACGACGGGAGAGAGGUCUACGCUGUCACACAUGACAUCAUACCUGACAAAGACUGGGUCAUGCAGUUCAAGAUUGUGGUGGGCUGCAGUGUGCCGGAGCGCCAUGCCGAGCAUCAGGUCCAUGUCCAGUAUUCUGUGGACUUCGGUGUCUCCUGGAGGUACCUGGUGCCCCAGUGUCUCCCUGCUGACCCCUGCUGUGGAGGACAGAUCUCCCAGCCCAGUGUCUUCUUCCCUGCCCAGGGUUGGAAAAGGGCCGUCUACCCCCUAAAGGACAGCCUGGCAGACACGGCGGUGCGUUUCCGGUUCUACCAGCAGCACAGUGAUACKCAGUGGGCWGUGGAGAACUUCUACAUUGGGCCAGCGUGUGACAGCCAUUGUGGGGGACAUGGAGAGUGUCUGGACCAGCGAUGUAUCUGUGAACCAGGCUUCACCGGACCCAGCUGCUACGCCAGCACUGCACUCAAGACAUCUCUGAAGGAGCGUUUUGACUGGGAGGGGCCGCCGGGCCCUCAGUGGCAGGUGUUGGAGGGGGGUCGCCCCUGCACUGAUUGUGGGGUUCUGGUGGAGGGGACCGCUUUGUACUUUGCAGGAGCAGACGCCAGGCAGGCCAUCACCGCUGACCUCGACCUCAGAGGAGCCAAGUUUGUAGAGUACUGGGCCAGGAUAGGAAGUGAAGACAACAUGACCAUGUGCCAUCGCCCUACCUGUCGCAAAGAGGGAGUGCUCCUGGACUACUCCAAAGACGGAGGUGUGUCCUGGACCCUGCUUCAUGAGAUGGACUAUCUGAAGUACGUGUCUGUGAGGCGUGAUUACAUUGUUUUACCAGAGGGGGCGCUGUCUAACACCACACGGCUGCGGUGGUGGCAGCCCUUCUCUGUCUCCUCCGGUCUGGCAUCACCCGGGCUGGAGCGUGCUCAGUGGGCUGUAGACAACAUCCUGGUGGGAGGGUCUGACAUCAACCCCUCCACCCUGCUCGACACCUUCGAUGACGAGGGUGUGUCCCAUGAGGAGAGCUGGAGCUUCUAUCCCAACGCGGUGCGUACGGCUGGAUUUUGUGGCAACCCAUCCUUCCACCUCUACUGGCCCAACAAGAACCAGGACAAAACACACAACAUCCUAGCCACCCGAGAGCUUAUAGUACAGCCUGGAUACAUCCUACAGUUCAAGAUUGUGGUGGGCUGUGAGGCAGACAGCUGUGAAGACCACCAUUCUGUCCUGCUGCAGUACAGGAAGGAUGCCAGGUCUGACUCAUGGCAGCUGGUCCAGUCAGAGUGUCUUCCCUCCUCUGUGAACAACGUGGGCUGCUCUCCCUUCAUGUUCCAUGAAUCUACCAUCUACAGUCCUGUCAACAGCUCUACCUGGACCAGAGUCACUGUCCAGCUGCCUGACCACGUCUCCUCAGGUGCCACACAGUUCCGUUGGAUCCAGAAGGAGGGCGUUGGCGAGCGUCACGGCUGGGGGGUGGACCACAUGUARAUUGGGGAGGCGUGCCCAGGGCUGUGUAGUGGUCAUGGUUACUGUACUAGCGGAGUGGUCUGUAUCUGUGACGAGGGACACCAUGGUGAUGACUGCUCCCUGUCUGGCAGUGACCUACCCAGCUCCAUAAAGGAUAACUUUGAGUCAGGCAGCAUGUCAGAGGAGAGCUGGCAACUCAUCCAGGGUGGCGGGGUGGGAAGUGGGUGUGGUCAGCUCUCUCCCCACGCSCACGGUGACUCGCUCUACUUCAACGGCUGUAAGAUGAGGCAGGCUGUCACCAAGCCACUCGACCUGACACGAGCCAGUAAGAUCAUGUUCGUCCUGCAGAUAGGUAGUGUGUCCCAGACAGACAGUUGUAACACAGCCCUGGACCAGCCUGACACAGUGGACAGAGCUGUGCUGCUACAGUACACUGUCAAUAAUGGAGUUAGCUGGCACGUGAUCGCCCAGCACCAGCCCAAAGACUUCAUCAAGGCCCAGAGGGUUUCCUACAACAUCCCACUAGAGGCGAGAGUUAAAGGGGUGGAGCUGCGGUGGUGGCAGCCGCGUCACGACGGUGUGGGACAUGACCAGUGGGCGCUGGACCAUGUGGAAGUAGUUCUAGUCAGCACUCGUAAACAAAACUAUAUGAUGAACUUUGCCAGACAGACCGGCCUACGCCACUACUACAGCCGGAAGAGGCGGGCACUGCUACAACAUCGUGCCUAACCUCUGAGAAGAGGAUCCAUCCUACGACCUGCCAAUCACACAUAUGACCUACCAACCAACCACAUUCCUUUCUCCUGAUGACAUAUCACCCUGUUGAGUCCCACCCACCAGCCAAUGGAUUCCAGUCAGCCUUGGACCACACUCCCUCCCUCUCCAACCUUCCAAUCCCCACUCUGCCAGACAUGGGCCCAUCCCAUCAGUGUACGCUGUAGCCAGUCAGAAGCCUUCCCCACCCCCAUAUGAUGGGAAGUAAGGAGACGUGACGGAGCAACAAAGGCAACCAUUUUGUUGACUUUUCAUUAACUUUCGGGUUUCUAGUUGUUUUCUAAUCGUUGCUCUACAUGGUUAUUAUGAUAUGAUGAUUCCCUGUUCCAGUUGCGAUACGAUGAUAUCCCCUGGCUUUCCCCGUCACCCCAUCCUACCCACCUCCUAGUCCUACUACUACCACACUGUGAAGUUAUUCCGAGAAAUCAGUAAUGACCAGGUAGCAUAGAGUUGGAUAGAGGGCACACUGUCACAGAAGUGAUAAUGGAAAAGAUAGGGAGUGAGCCCCUUUCCAACUCUAUGCCAGGGAGCUGGGCUAGCUGGAUGCUUCCAAGAUCAACUGAGCCGCAGGGAGGAAAAUUCCUCUGCUUCGCGCCAGUACCUGAGGAGGAGGAUGAUGAUGAUGGAGAUGAGGAUCAUAACAGUGAUAAGGAUGCUAAAAAAAAAGUACUGUGUUCUUGCUGUUCUGUUCAGUGUGUCUGUGUUCUUUUCGUGAUGGUUUGACUGUUGUGUUCCGUUCAUUCGUUUUUUACUAAUUCAUAUUGUGCUAUUUUUGAUUGGAUUAGUUUUUUCUCGGUUCCGUCUCCUCAGAGGCAGACGGAAGAAAGGAAAGAAGGAAAGAACAAAUCGCAAAAGUGGGGAACAAAAGACAGAAAAUAGAAGACAAAAAAGAAAACAAAUUUAAGACUGAACAAUGAUUUUUUUAUUUUAUUAUUUUUAUAUAUGUUGGUUCCCGAAAAUACAGAUAUUUAUGGUAAGCGGUUCUCCACGUAACCUAUUUAAAGAUACACUGUGCGUGAAAUCUGUGUUAUUUUCUAGUGUUAAGUUAUUAGGCAGUCAUCCAGCCUCUCUCAAGGCUAUCGGGCUGCAACAUCCCCCCCUCCGCCCCCCUCCUCUCCCUUCCCUCCCCCAUUCUCUUGUGCUGUUACCCGCAUCUCUCUCUUUCUCUCUGCUAAAUUCUGCUCCCUGGAGAUGAGGCUCCAUCAGUGUUGUUUCUUGAAGUCUAAUGUGUAAUGUGGACCCUCUCCCAGCCCUAUCUCUCAGUGUAACUCCAGUAUAGCAGUCUCCUGUACAUACAGUAUAUGUAUAUCCACUAUGCGGAGACCCAGCAGCCUUAUAAAAGGGAAAUAAAGAACUGUCCAAACCUCAGA